UCAAGAAGGCUGAAGAGAGGGAAAGAGAGAUCCUCAAAGCAAAAGUGAUUUUGGAGUUUCGAUAAACCCAAAGCAUUUUUAGAGGGAGAGAGAGAGAGAGAGAGAGAAUGGAUGUAAGGAAAAUAGUUGUAGUAGUUGAAGACGUGGAAGUUGCGAGAACAGCUCUCCAAUGGGCUCUUCACAAUCUUGUUCGCUAUGGAGACCUAAUCACUCUUCUCCAUGUCUUUCCCUCUCUUAGAUCCAGGAGCAAGACCAAGAGUCGUCUUCUACGAUUGAAUGGCUUCCAGUUAGCCCUCUCUUUCCAGGACAUCUGCAACCAUUUUCCCUAUACCAAGGUUGAGAUUAUUGUGACAGAGGGCGAUCAAGAGGGGAGGAAAAUUUCCGCCAUGGUUAGGGAGAUUGGAGCUUCUACUAUUGUUCUGGGUCUCCAUGAUCAUAGCUUUCUUUACAAGUUGGCAAUGGCCCACAACGAUAUUACUAAAAGCUUUAGUUGCAGAGUUUUGGCUAUCAGGCAACCACCAUCUUCAGCAUCAGGGAGAAAGGCAAGGACAAGGGACAGUACUAAUGCUGCACUUGCUCUAGACAAUUCAAUUAGCAUGGACUUUUCACAGAUCAACAUUAGUGGACUACGCCUGCCUGAUCUUCCCCCACCAAAAAUUCCGUACAGAAUCUGCCCAAGUCCUUCUGCCAUCAUUUGGAGAUCAAGAAAGUCAAGGAGAAAGUGAAAUCCAAGUCCUUGAAAAGCAAAGCUACAACUUAUUCCUUCCAUAACAUAAGGCACAGUCAGGUUCAGCCUCAUCCAGCUUAUACGAGUUAUUGGACAAAUCUUCAGCCUUGUAAUCUUCACCAUUUGAUGCUCACACUGAACAAACUCAUCUAUACAAAAUUUGAUUUUACAAAAUAGAAUAGGGGAAUCUACAUCACGCUGCUCAUGUUUUAGCUUCCCUUUUCUCCAAAUUUCUGUAAAUUAUAAAAUUUAGUGUUCUAAUUUUACAAAUUAUCUUUGGGAUAAAGAAAAAAAAAAGUGUGUGAGAGAGAGAGAGAGAAUGAGAUGGGAAAAAAAGGGAGCGAGAGCGACAGAUUUUAAAUUUUUUCCGCCUUUUCUUAUUAUUGGUAAUCUCUAAUCUCUAUAUUGGCAAGCCUUGACUAAAAUUGCUUUUAUGCAAUGUUAGUUUGAUCAUGCCUCGUUUACUUUGUGUGAGCAAGCGCUGCCCUAAGGUCUACAUACUCCAUAGUUAAAAAAUAUCUCAUUUAUAUUGUGUGAGCAAGUAUUGUCGUAUUAUCCUGAUAUCAUUUCUAAUUUAUAUAAAUAAAUAAUAAAUAUUAUUUUGUAUACUGUAUUUUGUAAAAGUUACCAAUUCAACUUUUGUUUGUAUUUUGUAAAAGUUACCAAUUCAACUUUUGUUUUGUUAAAUAAAAAUUCGGAUCCUACAUUUUACAAAAUAAUACUGGAAACAAAUUUUGAUCAAAUAUUUUAGAAUAUGACUAAAAUACUUUUGGUUUUAUUAAUUAAUGAAUUAAUUUUAUCAUCAAAAAUACAUUUUAAUAUCAAAAUUAUAUAAAUUGAUUUUAAAUAAAAAUAAUUAAAAACAUAUAAAAAUUUAAUUCAGUAAUUUAAAAAAGAUAAAAAAUUAAAUCUAUUUCUCUCUUAUCUCUCUCCUUCGUUCUUUCUUGCUGUAAGCCCGACCCAGGAGCCACCCUCCAUCUCUCCAAUCUCUGUUCACCAACCGCAGUCGCCCAGACCCACCCCACCAACCCAUUGCCGAGAAGCCGCAGUUGUCCAUACCCAUCGCCGAGAAGCCGCAGUUGUCCAUACCCAUCGCCGAGAAGCCGCCUAGACCAGUGAGUUCCAGACACCAUGGGAAGAACGAUGCGAAGUAGCUAGAACGACACCAACUACAAGCUUGCAGUGGGAACAAAUUUUUUGCAGAAGAAGAAAUUGCAGUGGAAACACAAACCCAACCAUAGGUAAUCAAGAAUAUAUUUUUUUUGGAGCUGUCGUCCUCAGAAUGAGGGUGUCGUUUUUGGGUCAUGCUUAAUUUGGGUAAUUUACUAGAGAAUCUUUUUUUUUGGGUCUUUUGAUAUCAGAUUCUGAAUAGGGUAUUUGGUUUGUUUGGCUCCUUUGACCUGGUUCAAAUUUGUGGGUGUGAUAUGGUUCACAAGCCGCUACCCAUUUUUGGGUUUGUGCUUCUCCGGACUCGCGCUGGUGGCUUAGAUCAUUGGACUCAAUCUCUACACAAUGAGGAGGAAGACGACGAUGGUCUUUGGUAUAGGUCGAUGGUUGCAACAGAAAGAACCCAGAUCUUGAAAUCUUUGUGCAUUUUGUGUUCUUAAACUGGUAAUAACAAAAAAAAAAAAAAAGUUUCUCUACUGUUUUUUUAAUGCAUUUGGUGUUCUUUUAUUUUAUGUUUGAGGAAGAAGAAGAAGAAGAAAAUAAAGAUUAUGAAAUUUUUUUUUGAAAUGUGAUGAUAAAAUUCAUGGGAUUUAAUAUUUAUUUGUGGAAGGAUUGUUUGUGAUUUGAGAAGAAAUUUAAUGAUAAAUUUUGGAUUUGAUUUUUUA